CCCUAGUCGUCCGCUACGGCGCAUAAUUUUACACGAAACGAAUAUAAAAAACAAUUUCAUUCAAUUUGUAAAACACCUGAAAGUGCAACUUUGCGGCGAUGUAAUAUCGACUCGACCGACACCUGGAAAAACUAAAAUGCUCUGCUCGAAAUAGUCCGAAACGAGCCAAAUUUGCUAUAGUGAAAAAAAGUGAAAAGUGGUGUUGAGCAGAAGAAGAAGAAGAAAAAUCAGCGAGUACAAGCCGUGUUGACGUGUGUGUUAGGAUGAAAAAAUGCAAGAAAAUGAUUUAAACGAGCGUCAAGAGGAACCAGCCAGUCUUCCACCUACAAGCAACGACACAAACAACAAAAACACAGGCUGCAUCGACAGCAACGAACUUCAAAUUCCCAGUGAGGCGGUCACGGUAACGGUAACGGAUCAGCAGCAGCAGCAGCCACAGGAGGAUACCGAGGAUACGCAAAUAACAGAACAAGUGAUUGAUUCUUCCACGACAGCUGAUACAGAAACUGGUGAUACAACCAGGCCAGAAAGGCUCUCCACGUUAUCCCUGAUAGGCUUAUACCCUGCUAUAUCCGAAGCUGCUGAUAAAGUCGUCGAUCAAGCGGUAGAUGAACCUUCGUCGUCGUCAGUAGUGGAUCCGGAUAGGGACGAGCUAUUGCUGCAAACUCCCAGACGAAAGCGUCAGCGUCGUGUUUAUACCGCGGACACGUCCCGCUGCUCCAGCCUACGAUCCAGGCAAGAGUCCAAAGACACAUCCGAGGCAGGAUUGAAGCAGGUGCCGACAACACCACCGCCAGCGCAGGUCGCCUCCUCACCGACACCCACAGAAUCCACAGAGUACAUUAAAUCAGAGCAAUUUAAUCCGGCGUUCUGGAAUUUGAUAGAAGAAGAGGAAGUUAAAUUCGUUGACAAGAGGAGACGCGUUGCCGGUGGACGUAGCCGCACGCGACGCAGCAAGCUACUGAACGAACUCGGUGAAAACUACUCGCCGGAAACAGCGGCCGCUAUUGCGGCGGCACAGCUUGAGCUCGAUUCGACUGGGAAGCCAUCAUCACGUGCCACCCGUAAGAGGAACUCCGCCAUGUCGUUGUACGACCGUCGAUAUCAGAGCACCUCCGAAGAGCGGCGCGUGCCGAACGGUUAUGGCGGCACUGGACUGCGCACAGGCAGUUCGGCCACAUCGAGUGAUAUUGAGCCGCAGGAGUUGCAGGUCCAUCAGUAUUAUGGAUCGUCGGGGGGCAGCAAUCCAACGGGCGCCGGUACGGGCCUAAAUGGCAGUGGCGCCGCCCUCAACCAUGCCCCUUCAAUGGGCACCCUCUGCAACAUUGGCAACACAUGCUACUUGAACUCGGUGGUGUACACGCUGCGCUUUGCCCCACUCUUUCUGCACAACCUGCACCAUCUGAUCCACGAUUUGAAUGUGGUGCAGCAGACUAUACUGCGCCAGCAGACGGCCAAAUCGGCCUCGCUGGGCCGAAACGUGAGUGGCGCGCAGCUGGAGCAUGCACGCAGUUGGAGCAGCAAGGAUCUGGCCACCACGGAGCCGUUCAACAGCACCACCAAUGGCAGCAGCGCUGUUGUCAGUAGCGGCAGCACCACCACAAGCAGCCUGAUCAAGGCGAGCUCUCAGUCGGUCACAGAGAAACUGCAUGAGCUGUACCACAGCCUGCAUGGCAAUGAGAUGGCCGACUCGACGGAGCCCUACCAUGCGGACACACUGCUGCAUGCCAUACAGGAUGUGAAUACCACAUUUCAGGGCAACCAGCAGCAGGAUGCCCACGAGUUUCUCAUGUGCGUUCUCAAUUGCAUACGCGAAACGAACCAAUCGCUGAUCAAGUCCAUUAACGAAUGUCCCCAGGUCAUUGUAAAUGGUUACAUAGCCAAUCCCGAUGAGUUGGACUCUGGGGAGGCCGCCCAGGAGCGUACAGAUACGGCGAUGGCACUGGCAAGCUCCGGCAACGGCAACACGCUGGCCACUAGUCAAAUAACCACGACAAAAACAUCGUUCUUCUCACGCAAAUCGAAGAGAAAAGAUGAGGUCAAGUCAUCGAAAUCAACGCGGAUACAGUCACCGCUGAAGGACAAUAGUCCGACGGCGGGUGGCCUCACCGCGGCACCGGCGCAUUCCACUGCAAACAGUCUCUUCUAUUUGAAUACAGUUGAUCUCAGCGGCGCCAGCAGCGUGGCUGCCACAGCAGCAGCAACACCGACCGUUUCGCAGCCGGCAUCGACCGGCAAGUACUCCAGUGACGAUGAAAUGAACCCGGCCAGUGCGCUAAAGGAUAGCAUGCGAUUGGAGGACCGUAUACGGGAUCUGAAUCUAAAUUUCUUCAAUGCCGACUUUGAGGGCAUUGUGGUGCUGACCACCAAGUGUCUCAGCUGUGAGACGGUCACAAAGCAAAAGCAGGGCAUGCUCGACAUCUCCGUGCCGAUAACAGGCUGCGACAAUGCCGACCUGCAGGACAAGCCCAGCACCUACAUUCAGAAUUCGUGCAUCACCAAGGAAUACUUUCAGGGUGAGAACAAGUACAGUUGCAGUCAAUGCACCGGCUACACCGAGGCCAUACGCUCAAUAUCGUACGAGGUGCUGCCUCGUCUGCUGGUCAUUCAGCUGAAUCGCUUCUCGGGCGGCAUGCAGAAGGUGAGCACGUAUGUGCCCACGACCUUCACCCUGCCCUGCUUCUGCGCCAAGUGCUGCGAGCUGAGCGACGGCAACAAGCUGCAUGUGUACAAGCUGUACAGUGUGAUAACCCAUGUGGGCGCCACUCUCAGUGUGGGCCAUUACAUUGCCUACACGUGCUUCCUGGAUCUGCCCAGUGACUAUAUAAACUGCCCAAAGGAUCGACGGAACACCAUGUCCGGAUCGCAGACACAGCAGGCGGCGGCAGCGGCUGCUGCUGCGGCAGCCUCCUCCAAUGAGAAUGCGGCACCAAACAAUGGAAGCAGCAGCAGCCACGUGGCCAGCACACCUGUGGCCGCGGCUGCCUCGGUCCUGGCCUCCUCGGGCACUAGUCUGAUAAAAAAGAUGAAAUUUGGACGCAGCAAGGCCUCCAGCAGCGGCGACAUGAGCAAAAAUGUAAAGCAACUGAAUGGCAUCAGCAGCAAGAACAUCACCAAUGGCAUUGGCAAACUGAGCAUGAACACCACCUGCCAUGGCGUGAGCUGCUGUGCCAUGCGCCUCUGCUGCAGCCAGCAGCCAAGUGGCGCCGCCGGCAGCAGCAACUCGGCCAGCUGUAGUGACUUCAGCGAGGAGUCGCUGCAGAACGGCAGCAACAGCAAUCUCAGCCAUGGCAGUGGCAGUGGCGCAGCAGGCGGCAGCGGCAGCGGUAACAACAGCAGCAGCAAUGUGUUGCCAAAUUAUCCCACGGGCUAUGGCAGCACGGGCCGUGGCGGUGUUAAGGCCAACUAUGCGCACGGCGGCACGGAACCGAUUUGGUACAUGUGCGACGACGACAAGAUCAAGGCGAUGACACAGCGCGAGUUCGAGGAGCUGUUGUCCCCAUCACGGAAGAUAACCAUAACUCCAUACUUGCUAUUCUAUGCACGAUUCGAUCUGCAGCCGGCAUCGAAGACAGCGGGCACAACAUCCUCAACGCCGCCACCGCCAUCUGCAUCAUCGCAAAGCUCCUGGUCGAAUGAGGCAUUCUCCGGCAGCGGUGGAGGUGGGGCGCAUAAGAUUUGAGGGUGUGCGAGGAAGCAGUGGAAGCAGAAGCAGCAGCAUUAAUCUACAAGCCAAGCAUGUGCGAUAUGUAUUGGCAUACUGAUAGGUUCGAAUCGGAUUGGGUCGGAUUGGAGAGGUGGAUGUCUUUAGAAUAAUAUAAUAAGAAAAAGAAGAAGUCUGUUUGUUAAACAAUAUAAUCGUACUAAGAAGAUCUAUCGUUUAUCUACAUGCAUAACUAUCAUUAACAUAACUAACCAGCGGUUUGACUGAUGCCUACCCCUUCAAUCCUACUCCUUCUUUGAUGCCCAUACAAGUUGUCUGUUUCCACACACACACCUCUGUCGACUGGAACGGAAUCGAGUGAGUGGGGCUAUCGGUUAUGCUAUAAUUUCUUAGUUUCUGUUUGCCCAUAACAUUUGCAUUUUUAUUUGGCAUUCUCGGUUAAGAACAAAAUGCUGCGUUAACGGAACACGAAUUUAAACGCCGAGAAUAAACACGGCACGGCCUAGAAUUGUUUUGCUCCCCCUCCCCCACUGAAUGUAACUGAAGCAACACACAAAAUUUUCGAUUAUACUCCUCGUGCAUAAAUUAAGUUCGUAAUAAUACAUUUAAUACACAAAAGAAAGAAACAAAAAAAAAACCUUGAUUCAAAUAGCGUCUUUAAAAGCGAAUGUUGUAAUAAUAAUAAUAAUAAUAAUAAUAAUAUAAAUAAUAUACGUACAUAUGUAAUAUGGAGUAAUGUCCGUUAUUCUCAUAGAACAAAAACGAAACGAAAACCAGUGGCAGGCGGACAGAAAGAGCAGUAGCAAGCAUCAAAUCAAUCUGUAAUAAUUACAGCAUCAAGUAUACAUAUAUCUAUAGUAAAUGUAAUGGAAUGGAAUGGUUUAUUGUAAACAAUGAGCUACACAUAUACAUAUACAUAUAUUUAAGUGGAUAUACAUAUGUAUGUUCACGAAUUCAUAUACGAAGUGUUGAAUAGUUGUUAAACGCAUGACUAUCCAUAGGAACACACAGCAAGCAGGUGGAAUAUAAUAUAAUAUAAUUGAUUUCAAUUAAAAUAAAAAUAUAAAACAGAUCAGAUCUGAGAGAACAGCAACACAGCAUCAAGAUGGAACAACUGACAAUUGUUAUACAAAUUUGAGUGGAUAGUUUAUAAAAAAAUGUUUUCACACAAAAGAACUUCAUCACAUAAAACAAAAACAACAAAAAACACACACAUUGAUAAAUAGUUUUUAAUAAUUAUUAUAACAAAUACGAAAUAAUAAUAGCACACUCACACCACACACACACACACUACUUAUGCAAUAUGUUUAGCAUUUAGAUAUAGUUUCU